GAGAAACUAUUGGGAAAAUGGUGCACGUUGUUUUUUCAAUCACUGCUGACUGAUGUCAUGUUAAUGGCAAAAUUGGAUAAAUAUAUGUUUAUUUUGUAAAUCUGUGAAACGACAAACAUAUUUUGUUGAAGAAAUGAGCAAAAACGCAAGUUCAGAGAAGAAAAGCUCUUCACCGGCUGGCACUAAAAAGCAGAAUGUUAUUAUAUUCAAACCUGAUGAAAUUGCAAAGUUCGGUUUGUUCGGAGACAAUCUAGUUGCUGGGAAUACUAAAACAACCAAUCCCGGCAGAUCGAGCACACCUGAAGAAAGUGAACCUAGCACAAGCCGCCAUAAUGCUUCUAUCAGUCCAAAAAUGAAAAGGGGAAAAUCAACACGUGAGAAUAUAAAGGCCCUAAGUGUAUCGGGCGAUACUUCAGUAUCAACGGAUACCCAGAGUGGUAUUGACGUUAAACGCAAGAUAGGCGACAUACUGAAAAAAACAUUUCAGGAAAUGAAAAAGUUCGAGCCAGAUAAAUUUCAACCUAAGAAUACCUCAUCCGUCAGUGGUACUAAAGUUUCGUUGGAUUGUGACAAAAAAAGUGAGAUAGUUUCAUUACUUAAACAUGCUAAAAAUAAGAAAGAAGCAGGUAUAGAAACAGAGAGCAUUGAAGCGGGCGUAUCUGAUAGUUCAAAAAAAGUUAAAGUUAUAGGAAUUACUUCGGUGAAGUAUAGUGAUGAAGAGAUUCAAAGUAUCUUAAAAGGAAGCGGAAAUUCGAAUCCCAAAAGUAACACAGUUGUGCAAUCUGACGAUUCGACUGCGAGUAAGUUAACAAAUAAGGUUGUUGCUAGUGAACUUCCUACCCAAAAAACUUCACCAACAAAAAGCUCUCAGUUUGAUAGUAAAGGUAAUACAGUAGGGAGUAAAUAUAAGCACGGACAUGUUGAUGAGAUCAUUGAUUUGGAAGAAAAAAUUAUUCCCGCUAAAAAGGCGCCUCGUGAACAUGUUGACGCCAAGGCUUUGGUAGCAAAUAAGGAUUUAGAUAGGAUAAAUAUUGAUAAGAAUGCAAGUAUAGCUGAUACAUCGGAACUUUUGGACUCAGAAGGGUCUAAGUUAGAAUCUAUAACAUCUACAACUAUUGAAAAAAAAGUCAGUGAAACUCAGAGUGUGGUUGAUUUCAAUAAUCCAGCUGAUUUUGAUUAUUAUAUCAUACAGUUCCCACCCAGUGAUGACACCAAAUCAACAUGUGAUAAAGAUAAAACUUGUAAUACUGAAGUUAAAGCAGUUGAACAAGAGUCUGUUGCAGAAACAACUGAGGAGAUACAGAAAGAGUUGAUAGAUGACGAAACUAAGCCCGCAAAGAAGCUGGAAGAGAUCGACAUAGAAGACGAGCUAUCUUAUUCCGUACUUACAAUGGAGAAAUCUGAGGAUCCUAAUGAACCAGAAGAUGAGGUACCAAAAACAAAAAAGCUAGCUGGUCAGGAACUAACUGAUCCUGAUGUAACAAGUGAAAAAGUAGUGAAAGUAAUAAACGUGGAGAAACACCCAGAGCCUGUGGGUGAUGAAUCCAUUUUCAAAGUAAAUGUGGUUCUUGAGGUUCCUAAGCCAGAGGUAGUUGAUACUGUCCAAUUCUGCCCCAGGAAGAGGAAGCAGCAGAUAGAUUGUAAAGUGGAUGAGGAAGAACCAUUUGAGAAGACCAAUAAACAUAGAACUAAAAAAAAUAGAAUCGAAGAUGAUGAAUGUAUGGUGGAUUCAAGUAAAUUCAAGUGCAUUAAACAGUAUGGGGUAAAGCCGCAUUUGACGAAUCAGAAUCCAAUUGCAGAUAUGGCUGGCGAGACGGAUUUAUUGGAAUUGAACGAUUUGGCGUCAGUCGUGCGCAUUGAGAAUGACGAAAGUUUAGAAGAAGCUGCUGAAGAAGUACAGCCAAUGGAUUCACAGCAAGUAACUACGGAUGAGGUUAAGCCCGCACCUAAAAAGCGCGGGAGACCACGGCGAAAACAGCUUUAUAUGGAUGAAGAUGUUCCAGCCACUGUGUUUUGCCCAAUCGAAUCAUCAAAAAGCGGCAGAAAGAGACGAAAGAUCAAUUAUUUCAAUCUUGAGAAUAGUUUAUAUGGAGAGAUGGAAGAGAACUCCUCUGGAAUCGGUAAAAAGAAGGGUCGACCAAGAAAAGUCAAAACCGAAGAUGAACUGACUGUAUUGCAAACUGCCACCGAUGAAUCUUUUGGCGAGAGCAGUGCUGACGUGAGUCUGGCAGAGAUCGUAGAAAGUAAAACUUCCGUCAAACAGAAUCCUGAGGAACCGACUGGUGAGGUCAGUAUUUAAAUUAAUGAUGACCGAGAUUCACUUUGAAGUGUUAUCAGUCUGUAAUAUUUGAGGAUAUUUGUUUCUGCACUUCACCCAUACCAGUGACAAAUGAAUAUGUUUAACUUGCUUGUUUUGAGGAAUUUUGAAAAUCAAUUUUAGUCUUCGCGCAGUACGUAUCUUCGUUAGUAAUAUUUGAAUAAAUACCAUAAGAAUGUAGAAACUGUCUUCAGCGAUAUUGCAUACAAGUCAAAGAUGUGUGUAUUUUGUUUGGAUGACGGGUAGCAAUACCACGAUACAGUUCCGCCACUUUUGCGUGUAAGAUAGUCUUAACAAGUUAAAACAAACCGCAUUGGACAGGUCUGUGAUUUAUUUUCUCUUUUUUGACCCAUCUCAUUUUUACGCUUGUUAGGAUACUAGCGAACCAGGAGCGAACAAAGAGGAGUUCUUAAGCCUGGACAAAGUAAGAAAAUAUAGAAGAACUGGAAAAACCGUAGAAAUGGUCAAUUCAAUUUUUACUGCUGCAAUGAAUACCCUUAAUGAGACACAAAAUUUGGACACCUCAGUCGAUGGCCAAAAAGAACAGUAAGUUGUAGGAAGGGUCUUUAUAAUACUUGCUUUUAGGCAUGAGAUAACGCAAAGCGCCAUAUAUCGCACCAGAAUCGACCAUUGUGGAUCGCGCAUCGCUACUAUUAGUUGGAACUGUCAUGCAUCUCAGUUCGAGUUUGAUAACCGUGCCGCUAGAUGGCUGAUGAUUCUGACUGAAAGUAGAUGUGGUCUACUUGCCAUUGCAAGCAUUUUGUUUAAUACUUGCUUUCCAUUUGACGUAGAUUUUUAUUUGACUUAUUUGACAAUAUAUGUCGCCUCAAAUAUUUUAUUGUUGCAGUAUGUGUACUAUAGUUUUUUAAGUAUAUACGUUAUGAAAUUGAUUCAAUAAGGAGAUCCUAACCAUUUUAGAGACCAGAAUAUCUCAUCAGAUGAUACUAGAGGCUUCUGUUUCAAUUUUUGCUUCUGUUAUUGUUUGUUAAGUUGUAAAAUGUUAUCCAAUAAACCAUUCAAUUUGUUGUAUUACACAUUUCUUUGUUUUUAUUUAUUCUCAAUAAGGCGAAUAUAAUAUAGUGGUGGAGAUGCAAGCGAAGAAAUGUACUAAAAGGAAUGACUUAUUUUGACGGAGGGUCAAAUUGUGAUGGUGGAUUUUAAAUUCUUCUAAGGCUGAAACUAGAUAAUAUAUCCAGUUUCCUUUGACAAGCACAGAUUACAUAUUGAAUUCAAGUUAGAGUUUUGGAAUUAUGGGAAUUAAAAAAAUCUAAUUUGGUAAUUGUGUCUCGAACUGUGUCAAGCUACAAAAUAAAUACUGAAUACAAUAAAUGACAAUUUUAGGGCUUCAGUGAACAUGGUGAAAAGGAUAAAGUUAAAGGGAAAAAGAGACGGAAGGUGUAAAAGAGAAGAGACCUUCGAAUUGAACGAGAAAAACGAGAUAACUUGUGUUGUUUGCCAAGAGAAUGUUUUUUACGAUAAAUGGGAAGAGCAUAAUUCUGAAAUGCAUUAUGAUUUAUCUUGGAGAGCUGGAGAAAAUAUUCUAUUGGAUAUUGAUCUAGACGCUUUCGUGAAAAAGAAAGUAGAACCGUUUUUAAGGAAACUAAAGCAAAUAAUCUGUGAUAAAUGUCAGACGCCAUUCACUGCUUCGAGUGCAUUCAUAAAACACAGAGAAGAAUGUUACGGUAUUUUGGUGAAUAAUAUGGUGAUAUGUGCUCUAUGUAAGGAAGAAAUGACUAGGGAUAAGUUUUAUGCACAUAGACAGAAGAAGCACAAUAGCUUGGCCUGGAGAGUCGGCGACGUACCUUUGGAUUUGAAUAACCAAUACUUUGUUAUGUCCGUUCUAAAUGCUCGAUACAAGGCCAAAAAGCCUCUGUUCUGCUACAAAUGUAAUACAGCAAAGAAAUCUGUGAUUGGAUAUCUAUCCCAUCAGUCCCAGUGUGGUGUCAAUGAGAACGAUGCAAAAAUUUCUUGUCCCGAGUGCGGCAGAAAAGUUCUUCCUGUCAGUAUGCCAGUGCAUAUCAAGAUGGUACACGAAACACCCAAAAUGAACAAAGUUACAAUAAGUGAAGACGGUCCUGUGCUUGAUUAUAAGAGGAGGGCAGCGAAAAAUGCUAUGUCGAUGAUUACAAUGUUCUCAAAAGGAAAUAUGAUAGAAGAUGCAUCAAAGUACUAUGUAGAGAAUCCCGAAUUCACUGAAAGCUUUGUGAAAUAUUGUUUACAAAAAGAAGCAAAUACGAAUACAGCGAUCAAAUGCAAGUUCAAAGACUGCAAGUUUACAACACUGAACGUUGACCAUAUGGUAUCUCAUUUGAAGAGCUGUGAUUUGAAACCUCCAAAGCAUUUCACUUGCAGAAAAUGUCUGGCCACGUAUACCACUCUUGAUGCACUUUCAGUUCAUGUGAAAGAUGUUCAUAAUAAAAGCGUGGACGAUGAAACAGUGCAAUUUAGUGACGAGACUUCCGAUGAUGACAUGGAUAACGCGGACAUGAUACGAGAUGCGCGAGUUGUGCAAAAAACUAAAAAAGCUGAGGCACAGAGUGUUUGUAAAGUGAAACCAUUAUGUAUUGCAAAGCUUCAGAGACCUGGGAAAUCGAUGUUGUUCAGUUGUGCAUUUGAAUACAAUUUGGAAUUUUGUAAUAACUGCUUCUCUCAAUCCGAACUUUUCAAUCAAUGGCACUGUACAAAAGAGAACUGGAAGUUGAUAGACGAAAAUUUGAUACACACUUACCUACCACAAUCUGAGAUUUCUUGUGAAGUUGGUAUCAAGCAAGUACGAGGUUUUGGGGAGAUGAAUCAGUGCUUCUUCAAUAGGUUCGAACUUUUCGAGGCUAAAAUCCAAGAAAAUCAUGUUACAAUGUACUGUGGCGGGCCUAUUAAUGCAUUGUGCUGGCUCCCUACACCGUAUCUCAGAUUAGACUGUAGACAAGUGUUAGCUGUUGCUGUUACAAAUGAUUUCGACAGCAGGUAUCACAUGAAGACAAACUACGCAGAACCAACAGCAGUACAAUUGUGGGAUUUUGGCAAUUUGAAGAACAAGCAUAGUAUAACAAUGCCUAGGUUGAUGUACUGUAUAGCAUUGAACAUAGGACCAGUUUGGCAUAUGGAGUGGUGCCCUUCUGGAUGCUUUGAUGAGAGUUCUUCAACUAACGGUAAAACAUUCAACAGGUUGGGAUUAUUGGCUGUAGCAGGAUCUGUCCCUGGAGUUCAUGUGUACGCGGUGCCAAAGCUAAGUGAAGAAGACUGGGGCUUGGUUUAUACGACCAAACCUGUGUUGAAGCUGCAACUGAGCAAUACUCAAGAUUGUGGCAAUGGAAAUUAUUACCCAACCAAAAUAGCAUGGUGCAAGGCUUCCAGACACAGUAUUUUAGCAGUAGGUUACACAAAUGGUAUGGUAGCGAUGUUCAAUUUGAAUUGCAAUUCAUCGUUAUUGAAGAUUAAGGACGAGGACGAAGUAGAAGUGUUGCUACCAUAUAAAUCUAUACAAGCACAUAAAUUUGCUAUAUCAAUGCUUCAGGUUUUGCAUCACGCUGACGGUGAUAGAUGGUUAUUAACUGGGGGUGCGGACAAAAGUUACGUCUGGGAUCUGAAGAAUGAUACGUUUGUCAAUAUUUCACCGAAGAAGCACAUCCUAGAUGGAAUAUGGCUGACGCAUUGGCUUUCAACUGUUACUGCUCAUGAUGAUAUAAACGUUCCUAAAGCUGGUGCUGGUGCAGGUCAGUUAAACUGUAUUCGCAAGUUCCUUUCGGAUACCGGAAGUUUGGUGACUAGCCAAACGUCAGUGAACACGAUCUCAUGCAGUGAUUGGCUAAAUUCUAUCAUAUCGGGAAAUCAACUUGGGGAAAUACUCGCUUAUUUUCCACAACAGAUGCUUUUUAAUGCGCAAGAUGAUAAGUGGCGGUCCAAGUAUAAAAAGGCUUUAGGUUACACGAAGUUGAUCAAAAAGGGGAAUCAAGAGAAGAAAGCAGAUAAUGAAAUUGAGACUGCAGACAUGUUAGAAUAUAAGAAAGCUGUAACUAAGUAUGGAGUGGUAUUCUGUGAUUUGAAAAUGGAUAAAUCGGAAGACCUUCCGUCAGAUGCGCAAAGACUCAACAAUAAACAUCAGGAAAUCUCUAAGCCGAAUGUGUACCCUCUUCAAACCAUAAAUAAAAUCAGUUUUAAUCCCAAUUGUCAAGCGAGUUUAUACUAUGCCACUGGAUACCAGAUAGGGUUUGUUAGGGCCAGCUACUUGAAAUUCUUGGACAGUGAUAAACAGGUUGUGUAAAAAUAUAAAGUAUUUUACUUAUAAUAAUUUACAACUUAAACAAUGAAAUGUACUCCCUAUGAUACUUGAGUUGUAUGAUGCUACUGAUAACAUUCUAUAUAUCAGGAAUACAGCAGCACAAAUGAUGAAAUUGGCUAGAUUACUGGAUUGGCUCGUAUGCUUCUCCUCCCUACAUGUAUGAAAUUAUAUUUAUAUUAUAUUUGUAUCAUAUUUUGCACAUGGUAUUCAUGUGUAUAAUUAUGUAAUUGUGUAAAUAUCCUUAAGUGUUAUGUUUUAUCAAGUUGUUUUGUCUUAAUUUUUAUAUUUUUGAUGUAUUAUUCCAUAUUCUCCGUAGGAGUAAAUAAAAAUUCAAACAUAUA